UUUCACUUUCACCAACCUCUGAAUUUGGCAACGAAGCUGAAUUUUACAACCAAGUCUCUUCUCUGUGUGAACUUGUUGCUGCCAAAUUACUUUUGACCAGUUAUCAAAUCCUAGGCUUGGAUCAUUUUUUUACAAUCUUGUCCUGACGCACCAGAGAAACCAGGAAACAUCUGUUCCUCCCGGAAGAGACGCAGGCUGAAAACCAGACGAUCACAUUCACCUUCCAAACCAAACUGAACCAAACCAGACCAAACGUCCUGAGUGAGUCCAGCUACAGGAGAGAAGAGUGAAGCUACAACCUGCCGACGCUCCACACACUGACCCUUCACCUGGAGACUCAAUGGCUUCAAGAUUAGUAGAGGAUCUCUGCUGUCCCGUCUGCAAAGAUGUCUUCAGAGAUCCUGUUCUUCUGUCAUGUAGCCACAGCUUCUGUAGAGACUGUGUGAAGAGCUGGUGGAGAGAGAAAGAAGUAAAAGAGUGUCCACUUUGUAAGAGAAGAUCUUCAAGGUCAGAACCACCUGGUAACCUGGUGUUGAAGAACCUGUGUGAGAGCUUCUUACAGGAGAGAGAUCAGAGCUCUUCACCUGCUCUCUGCAGUCUGCACUCAGAGAAACACACCGGCCACAGAUUCAGACCCAUCGAUGAAGCUGCACAACAACACAAGAAGCAGCUUCAGGAAACUCUGGAGCCCUUGAAGAAGAAGUUAAAGUGUUUUAAACGUGUUAAAGUAAAGUUUGAACAAACAGCAGAACACAUUAAGGUCCAGGCCCGAUGCACAGAGACGCAGAUCAAGAAUCAGUUUAAAAAGCUUCAUCAGUUUCUGGAGGAGGAGGAGGAGGCCAGGAUGGCUGCACUGAGGGAGGAAGAGGAGCAGAAGAGUUGGAUGAUGAAGGAGAAGAUUGAGUCUCUGAGCAGAGACAUAAAAGUUCUUUCAGACACAAUCAGAACCACAGAGGACGAGCUGAGAGCUGAAGACGUCUCGUUCCUGCUCAACUACAAGGCUGCAGUGGAACGAGUCCAGCAGCGCCCCCUGCUGGAUGAUCCACAGCUGGCCUCAGGAGCUCUGAUAGACAAGGCCAAACAUCUGGGCAACCUGAGCUUCAACAUCUGGAACAAGAUGAAGGACCUGGUCUCCUACAGUCCUGUGGUUCUGGACCCAAACUCUGCUCAUCCAGACCUCGUCCUGUCUGAAGAUCUGACCAGUUUGAGACGAGGAGAGGAACAGAAGCUUCCUGACAAUCCAGAGAGGUUUGAUCGAUACACCUCAGUCCUGGGAUCUGAGGGUUUUAACUCAGGGACUCACAGCUGGGACGUUCUGGUUGGAGACAGUACACACUGGGCACUGGGUGUAAGAGCAGAGCCUGUCCAGAAAAAGGGAGACGAUCUGUCUGGAUUAUGGGAAACAGAGUUUUAUAACGGUCACUACUUAGCGGAAUCACCAUCAGGUUCAUCUGUUCUCUAUAUGCAGAAGGUCCAGAGGAUCAGAGUGAAACUGGACUGGAACAGAGGAGAACUGUCGUUCUCUGAUCUUGAUACUAACAAACACAUUCACACCUUUAGACACACUUUCACUCAGAAGAUGUUUCCACACUUUAACACAAUAGAUGAUGAUCAUCACCCAGUGAAGCUCUUACCUGUGAAAGUCUCUGUGACGCUGGAUCAGAGCCGUUACAGAUAAAGAUUUUAUUCAUCAUGUUUAUUUCUUCAAGAGAAAUCUGCUGAAUUUAAAUAUUAAACUUGUUAAUUCUAAAGCUUUGUUUAUUUCUCCUUUGACUUCUCACUCAUUUUUAUUUAUUUAAAAAAAAAAAACAUUAUUUUCUGAUCUUUAUCUUCAGUUUGUUUUUUACUUUCAUGGAAAAUGUUUUCUAUCAUUGAGAUUUUGUGUGGAUCCAUGAAGUCGAGCAAACUGAUGAAGAUCCACAAAAAAACACAUUUAUCAAUAACAGCUGAUCAUUGUUCACAUUCAACAAACAUGAUUCAUGUUUAAUCACAUAAAGUCUGUUCACAUGUGAAAUAAUCCAACAUAUAUGAUGAUUUGUCAGUUUGAUGUGAUGAAGCCAAAAUGAUUCAGUCUGUCAAAGUGUUUAUUCAUCACCAGCCUAUUGAUGGGAUUUUAAUACUGUGACCAAAAUAAUAAAAACUAUGAAA